AUGUAUAACGCGCAUCGUGGAAUGGUCCCUGCUCCCAACUCCCGAUUGACGGAGUUGUUGGAGCAGCUGCGCCAAGAAUUUGAUAACCAGUCUCGAAGCACUGGCGAAUUUGAGCAUCAGCUGACCGGCCAGCUUCAGGAAAUGGAAAUGAUCAGACAAAAGGUCUACCAGCUCGAACAAACACAGAUCAAGAUGAAGACCGAUUAUGAAAAUGAAAUCCGGGUUUUGCGGCAUGAGCUUGAAUCGCGCGGCGUUCAAACUGUUACCUCGCAUGUCGGCGGCCCACCCCAUGCAGGGCCUUCCCAGGCCCCCCCAGCUCUAGGACACGGUACGAAUAACCUCUUCGGCGGCAUCAUGGCCAACCAAGGAGGUAGCGGCCCCGGGCUUGCACCUCCACCUCCACAGGAUCAACAGCCGCCGCAGCAUGGCCUUCAACAGCCGGCUCCAGCGGCCCAACAAGGACCGCCACAACCUCCCCAAAGCUCCUACGGAGGGUAUCAGCCGGCUGCUGCUGUAAACGGUUACGGGCCUCCCCCACCACCUCCUACUGCCUCUCCCGGUCCCGGAAAGGGUCGUGGUCGGCCUCCACCUGGACCUGCUACUCCCCAACAAACUCACCAGCUUGCGUAUCCCGCGCCUGGCGCAUCUCCACAAAUUGCCCGCCCAACCCCUCCUGGACAAGCUCUUGUCCGCGAACGACCUGGCAACACAUUAGCCAACUGGAACCCUGACGAUCUUCCCGCUACGCAGAAGCGUGAGGGGCCCGAUUGGUAUGCUGUCUUUAACCCCGAGGUUCAGAGAGUUUUGGACGUCGAGUUGGUGCAUCACCUAGUGCACGACAGUGUUGUCUGCUGUGUACGAUUUAGUCGAGAUGGUAAAUAUGUUGCUACAGGCUGCAACCGAUCGGCUCAAAUCUUCGACGUUGCUACUGGGCAGAAUGUAGCCACUCUCCAGGACGACAGUGUAGACAAGGACGGAGAUCUCUACAUCCGCAGUGUCUGCUUUAGUCCCGACGGAAAAUUCCUGGCCACUGGUGCCGAGGACAAACAGAUCAGAGUUUGGGAUAUUGCCUCUCGUACUAUUAAGCAUGUCUUUUCUGGCCACGAGCAAGAUAUUUACUCGCUGGACUUCGCUGGAAACGGCCGAUAUAUUGCAUCAGGCAGUGGUGACAAGACAGUACGUCUCUGGGACGUUUUGGAAGGAAAGCUUGUGUACACACUCAGUAUCGAAGAUGGCGUCACCACCGUUGCGAUGUCUCCCGAUGGCCAUUAUGUGGCUGCUGGUUCGCUUGAUAAGAGCGUUCGCGUUUGGGAUACUACUACUGGGUAUCUUGUUGAGCGAUUGGAGAAUCCCGAUGGCCACAAGGACAGUGUGUACUCGGUUGCCUUUGCGCCUAACGGGCGCGAUCUUGUCAGCGGUAGCUUAGAUAAGACUAUUAAGAUGUGGGAAUUGACAGCCCCGCGCGGUAUGUUACCCGGAACAGGCGUGAAGGGGGGCAAGUGUGUGCGGACAUUUGAAGGCCACAAGGAUUUCGUGCUGAGCGUUUGUUUGACACCUGACGGACACUGGGUGAUGAGCGGUUCUAAGGACCGUGGCGUUCAAUUUUGGGAUCCUAACACUGGAAACGCGCAGAUGAUGUUGCAGGGUCACAAAAACUCUGUGAUUUCGGUUGCUCCUAGUCCGACCAACAACUUGUUCGCCACAGGGAGCGGUGACAUGCGGGCGAGGAUUUGGAGGUAUGUGGAAUUCCUGGUGUAA